AUGAAUCGGAGACGAGCUGGGAUGGAAUUCGAGUCGGAGCCGGAGACGACGCUUGCUCCCGCGGGGAUCGAACCCAUUAUAUCCUUCCUCCGCGAUCCAUCCACCACAGCCGCCGCCACCGCCUCAACCCGCUCGUCUUCUCGAGCGCUCCGCGAGAUGGCGAUGGCGUUCGGCUCCUCCGCUUCCAAAUCGGCCGCCUCCGGCGCCUUCUCCUCCUACGACUUGGGGACGUCGCUCGGCUUCCGCCUGGUGACUGUGCGCGGGAAACGCUUCGUGGAGCUGGAGGGCGUCGCCUUCGACUCCGAAGUUCUGCUUCCGGCGGACGUCGUCCUGCUCGACUCGCCGCGAUCUCGAUCUGGAUCUCCAGAUUACACGCCCCUAACGCCGUCGUCGCAGCAACCUGGAUCGCUGGAUUAUUCACCGGCCACCCCAGAGUAUACUCCCUUGACGCCGUCGUUGCAGCGAUCUGGAUCACUCUACUCGCCAGCCACCCCGGAGUACACGCCCCUGACGCCGUCGUCGCAGCUAUCUGGGUCGCCAGUCUACUCGCCUGCCACCCCGGAGUGCACGCCCCUGACGCCGUCGUCGCAGCGAUCUGGAUCGCGAGAUUACUCUCAGGCCACCCCUCCCCUGACGCCGCCGAAGCGAUCCGGGUCUCCAGCUUACACUCCGGCCACCGCGAACUACACGCCCCGGACUCCUUCAGGCUGCUGUUUAUCGGACUACUUCAACAACUUUGAUCGCUACUGCAUCUCGCCGUCUACGGGCUACUCAUCGCGUGCGCCCGCGUCGCCGGAGUACACGCCCGCCAGUCCUUCCGGCUGCUGUUCACCGGACUACUCCGCCCUCUUCGAUGACAUCAACGACUUUUGCUACACUUCGCCGCCGUCUGCUGGGUACUCACUGCGUGCCGCGUCGCCGGAGGACGCCCCCAUCCCAUACUACACGCCCGGGAGUCCUUCUGGCCUCUGUUCACCGGACUACGCCAUGCUCUUUGACGACAUCAACGCCUUCUGCUAUACUUCGCCGCCAUCGUCUGCUGGGUACCCGCUGCUUGCCGCGUCGCCAGAGUACACGCCUGCCAUCCCAGAGUACACGCCGGCCACCCCAGAGUACACGCCCUUGGCUCCCCUCAGCCCUCUCCGGCGUGCUUCUUCGCCGGAGUACACCCCAAGCUCACCUUUAGUGUCAGACGCCGUUUCAGGCACGUCUCCACCGAGCCACCGCCGCCACCACCCGUACCAGAGGAGCCGGACCAGCUGCUGCGAGCGUCGCCCUUCAUCCUCUAAACACAUUCAGUACUUUGUAAUAGAGGACAAUCUUGGUUGA